AUGGAUGUAACGGCAGCGGCUGUCGGGAACGGCUGGCGUUGGCUGGUCCUGGUGUUUGUGUUGGUGCCGGUGGUGCAGCGCAGGGUGACAUGGGAGGUUCGUCUAUUGGCGAUCGUCGGACGUCUGCGGGCUGCCAACGCCACGCCGUCCGGCGUUUUGGGGCACACUACGCCCAGCCUGGCCAAGGGUGGCCCGAACUCGUCGAACUCUACGAACAUUCGGAUGGCCGAAGGGAUGGGGAUUUUGGCUUCGGAGCGACCUGGAUUGGGAUGGCCCAUGGGAAGGCGAAUCGGUGCCUAUGGAAGACUCGGCAAGGGCUCGCGCGGUGCCAUGAAGAGGCGUCGACCGCGGCGCCAGGCGACACGGGAGGCACAGCACUAA